AUGCUGGGCUUUCUGAAGAAGCCAGUUGUGGUCACUGCAGAGAUAAACCUGAACCUGGUGGCACUGACUCUGCUGGGGUUAAUGAGUCGGCUCUGGGGCCUCUCCUACCCACGGGCUGUGGUCUUUGAUGAAGUUUACUAUGGCCAGUUCAUUUCGCUCUACAUGAAGAGGAUCUUCUUUGUGGAUGACAGUGGCCCCCCUUUGGGCCACAUGCUGCUAGCUCUGGGAGGUUACUUAGGAGGAUUUGAUGGAAAUUUCUUGUGGAACAGGAUUGGAGCUGAAUACACCCUGAAUGUUCCUGUUUGGUCCCUGAGACUCCUGCCAGCCCUGGCUGGUGCUCUCUGUGUGCCUUUAGCAUACCAGAUUUUGGUGGAAAUGCAUUUCUCCCACUGUGCUGCCCUUGGAGCUGCUCUUCUGAUUCUUCUGGAGAACUCUCUGAUCACUCAGUCAAGGUUCAUGCUCCUGGAAUCAAUACUGAUUUUUUUUAUCCUGUUGGCAGUUUUGUCCUACCUGAAGUUCUACAAUUUGCCAAGGAACAGUUCCUUCUCUGGGAGCUGGUGGUUUUGGCUCCUCUUGACUGGAGCAGCUUGUUCUUGUGCAAUUGGAGUGAAAUAUAUGGGCCUGUUCACCUACCUGCUACUCCUGGCCCUUGCAGGACUGCACUUCUGGCACAUGAUAGGAGACCAGAGCUUCUCUAACGUUUCCUUGAUUUGCCAUUUUCUAGCAAGGGGCCUGGCCCUCCUCAUCAUCCCUCUGGCCAUGUACCUGUCCUUCUUCUACCUGCACCUGACUUUGCUGUACCGCUCGGGGCCUCACGACCAGAUCAUGAGCAGUGCUUUCCAAGCCAGCUUAGAGGGGGGGCUGGCUCGGAUCACCCAGGGGCAGCCCUUGGAGGUUGCCUACGGCUCUCAGAUCACCCUGCGGAACGUCCUGGGCAAGCCCAUGCAGUGCUGGCUGCAUUCUCACCCCAAUACUUACCCCAUCAGGUAUGAGAAUGGCAGAGGUAGCUCCCAUCAGCAGCAGGUGACCUGCUACCCCUUCAAGGAUGUGAACAACUGGUGGAUUGUCAAAGAUCCUGGAAUGCAGCAGCUGGUGGUGAGCAACCCCCCCCGGCCCGUCCGGCACGGCCACAUCGUGCAGCUGGUCCAUGGCAUCACCACUCGCUACCUCAACACGCAUGAUGUUGCUGCCCCUCUGAGCCCCCACUCCCAAGAAGUGUCCUGCUAUAUUGAUUACAACAUCUCCAUGCCAGCACAGAACCUCUGGAGAGUGGAAAUUGUGAACCGGGAGUCUGACAGCGAGGUCUGGAAGACAAUUCUGUCAGAAGUGAGGUUUGUUCAUGUGAACACCUCUGCAGUGCUGAAGCUCAGUGGAGCAUCCUUACCCGAGUGGGGGUACCGGCAGCUGGAGGUGGUUGGAGAGAAGCUGUCCAAGGGCUACCACCAGAGCAUGCUGUGGAAUGUGGAAGAGCACAGAUAUGGGAAAAGCCAAGAACAAAAAGAGAGAGAGGUGGAACUCCACUCUCCCACCCAGAUGGACAUCAGUAAAAACCUCAGCUUCAUGGCAAAGUUCACAGAGCUGCAGUGGAAAAUACUCACCUUAAAGAAUGAAGACACAGAACACAAGUACAGCUCCUCUGCUCUGGACUGGAUCACCAUGGACACAAACAUUGCCUACUGGCUCCACCCCACCUCUGCUGCCCAGAUCCACCUCCUUGGGAAUGUGGUCACCUGGACUUCAGCUAACGUUGCUGCUCUGCUCUACACCUGCCUGUCCCUGUGCUACUUGGUCCGACGGAGGAGGCAGAUUUAUGACAUCCCUGAAGAUGCAUGGCAGCUCUGGCUCUCAGCUGGGGGCAUCUCUGUUGGAGGCUGGGCUGUGAACUACCUGCCCUUCUUCCUGAUGGAGAAGACACUUUUCCUGUACCACUACCUGCCUGCCCUCACCUUCCAGAUCCUCCUGAUUCCCAUUGUCUUGCAGCACCUCAAUGACCAUCUCUGCAGAUCUCUGCUUCUCAAGAGCAUGUUCAGUGGGCUGACCAUAGCCUGGUUCUCCUCAGUUUACUUUGUCUACUGCACCUUCAGCCCUGUGACCUACGGGGAGCCCUCGCUGUCUGCCAGCGAGCUCAGGGCCCUGCGCUGGAAGGACUCCUGGAACAUCCUCCUCAGAAAGCAGCAGCCCUGACUGCUGCAGCCACAACCAGACACCUUCUGUGCAAAGCCAAGAAUUUAUUGUUAGUAUCAUCAACAGCUUGACUGCUCUGGACUGAGAGCUGACAGCAGAAAAGGAAAA